AACCGCCGGAGCAGUGCGGUUGGUUCGCCCGAGAGACAGGGAGGAGGUGAGCGGACUGGAGGAGCUUUUUGUGGCUGCAGACGGAGUUUCAUCUCCAGUUUGUUCCCAGCAGAAGCUCCGGAGGAAACGGGACAAAGAGGGAGUUUCAGUUUUUAUUCUUUUCCUCUUUUUUUAAACCGGCUGUUACUCUUGACUCCGCGCGUGCAAAAGGGGGAUUUGUUUCAGGUUUCAGGAUCACACACCGGGAGUACAUCACGCAGCUGUGGAUGUGAAUCAGCUGAGGUUGCAGGGCACCAGGGGAGCCGUGCUCUGCAGCAUCAAUAACACCCACUUCCACGCAGCGAGAGGGAAUCCUUCCUUAGAUGCUUCCCCGCGGCAGACGCUGAGGAGUGGAGGGAUUUUAUGGAAGAUUUGUUGGAUUUUCUUUGUUUUAUUAAUCGCCCUGUCGUUGCAAACUUGAGAGUCCGGGAUGGGGAAGGAGCAGGAGCUGCUGGAAGCCGCCCGCACUGGGAAUGUCGCCUUGGUGGAGAAAUUGUUGAGUGGGAAAAAGGGAAUACUGGGGUCAGGAUCCGGCUCCAUCCCUAUCCCCAACCUCUUGAGCAUGUGGAAGGGCGUGAACGUGAACUGCACAGACAGCUCAGGAUACACACCUUUACAUCACGCUUCCCUCAACGGACACAGGGAAGUGGUGCUGAAGCUGCUGCAGUCCGAGGCGUCGCCAAACUUGGCAGACAGUAAAGGCUGCUUCCCGCUGCACCUGGCCGCCUGGCGGGGCGACGUGGACAUCGUCCGCAUCCUCAUCCACCAUGGCCCGUCACAUGGCCGUGUCAACCAGCAGAACCAUGAGAGGGAGACGCCGCUCCACUGUGCGGCUCAGUACGGACACACCGACGUGGUUUCAGUUCUUCUUCAGGAGCUGACCGAUCCAACGAUGAGAAACAACCGGCAGGAAACUCCUCUGGACCUGGCUGCACUUUAUGGACGCCUGCAGGUGGUGCGCAUGCUGGUGAGCGCUCACCCAAACCUGAUGACGAGUCACACCCGCCUCCACACGGCGCUUCACCUGGCGGCACGUAACGGACACCACAGCACCGUCCAGACCCUGCUGGAGGCCGGCAUGGACGUCAACUGUGUGACGGAGAAUGGGAGUGCCCUUCAUGAAGCUGCCCUUUUUGGAAAGAUGGAUGUGGUUCGCCUUUUGCUUGACUCAGGAAUAGACGCCGAUUUGACAGACAGUCAGGGGAGAACAGCGCUGGAGAUUCUCAGAGAUCACCCAGCGCCUAAAUCUCAGCAGAUAACCGCUCUAAUUCAAGAGUACAUGAUGGACGACAUGGAGAGACAGAGUAUUUUGGAAGAGCCGGUCCGGAAGUGUCCCGUUCCUGCACCUCGGACCUCAAUCCCCUCGCCUGCUGCCUCGCCGUCCCUCCGACAUAAAAAUGAUGCCGUGACGAGCGAACUGUCCAAACUGCUCCAUGACAUCAAGAAGUGCCGGGACCAGGACUACUCCUUCGAGGAGCUUUGCCACACCAUCUCGUCCCACUCCAUGGACAGCUUCGGCAGCGGGCGGCUGUCUGACGAGGAGCGCCCCGACAGACCGAACGGCACCUUGACUCGAGUCAACAAGCGUCCCACCCCGCCCCUCGCUGCAGCAGUGGAGGAAGACGAGGCAGAAAAGACGUGUGGCCCCACUGGAUUCUGGGAAGCUCUCACCCCUUGCAACGGCUGCCGCAACCUCGGCUUUUCCAGCGUCUCUCAGGAUUUUAAGCAUUCUGUUGAGCUGGUCACGUCUCCGUCGCUGGACGUUUUCCUGCCUGAAGACGAGGACAACCCGUACGAGUCCGUGACCACCGCCGUCACACGCAAACCCUGCUCCCUCGAAAUCAACCACCGGCUCAACGUCUGCGCCCGCAACGGUCACUCGUCCCAUGCAGCCGUGAGCGAGGAGGAGCGCGGUAACCAUGACAACUGCUCAACGGGCCCCACACCGGACUGUUCACCCCCUUCCCCUGACACGGCCCUGAAGAACAUCGAGAGAGUCAUCCGCCCACAGCCCAAGCAACGCACGUCCCUGUCUUCCUCUCUGGAUGUCCAGAGGCCAGUCAACCACAGCUGCGAACCCAGUGAGGUGAGCUCGUCUCUGGGCUACGCCAGCUUCAGCACCAGCCCUCCCGCCAGCCCCCCCCUCAGCCCCAAUCAGGAGGACUCUGCAGGCUCCAACGACGAUUGUCAGCUUACAGACGACGGGAUCUACCAGCGAGACCCGCCCCCUCUCUGCUCUUCCUCCAGUUCAAGUCGUCUCGUUGGGGAAAACAGAAAAAGUCUCGUCCCAGAGGAGUUCGCAGGCCUCCUUCAUGGAUCCUCUCCGGCUUGUGAGCCGCCGGAUACGCCUUAUCACCUUUACAGCCCCAAGCACUUUAAAUACGCUUCUUCAGAGGUGCAGGGCAGCGUGCUGCAGACUCCCGAGUUCAGCAUUGUGAUCGGCGGCGGAGCCUGUCAGGGUUUCUCUAGAACUGAGAACAAAUCCUCUCCCCAAAGGUCCCACAAGCCGCAGGUCGUUUACCGAACCAUCUUCCACACCCGGGUAAAUCAAGACCAGCUUCAGCACAAGAACUGUGAACAAGCGGGCCUGCCUGGUGGAUGGUCGACGCUAAACCACCCUUCCUCUUGUUCCCUGGGACAAAACGGAGACGUAGCAGAGCUUCAGGGGAAGCAGGUGGGGGGCGAGGCCAGGGACGGCUACGAAGAGAGAGCCUGCACCCUGGGGAGGAUGAGAUCCGUCCCACGCAGCGUGUUGGACCUGCAGCUCUCCAAGUCUCUGUCCAAGUCCGAUUCCAACCUGGUGGCUGUGUCCCCCAUUCAGGAGGAAUACAGCUGGGGUUCUGGGUCCCGGGCCCAGGGGCCAGGAACGCCCGGCUCCAGAGAGGGAGCCAGCCCUGAGAAACGACUGGAGCGGACGCCGUCCUUCACCGCCGAGUGGGAGGAGAUUGAUAAGAUUAUGAGCUCCAUCGGCGCGGGGAUCGGCAGCGGAUUGGACGUCAAGGAGGUUACCUCAGGUCCCCGCUGCCCGCUGCAGUCCGUCGGACAAUGGUUGGACUCCAUCGGUCUGGUCCAGUAUGAGAACCACCUGCUGGCUAACGGAUUUGACAACGUCCAGUUCAUGGGAAGCAAUGUGGUGGAGGACCAAGACCUACUGGAAAUAGGGAUCCUGAACUCUGCCCACAGACAGCGCCUCCUGCAGGCCAUUCGGCUGCUGCCCAGGGUGCGACCGGUGGGCUACGAUGGCAACAACCCCACGUCGGUGGCCGAGUGGCUAGAGUCUCUGGAGCUCGGCGACUACACAAAGUCUUUUCUCGUCAACGGCUACACGUCCAUGGAGCUGGUCAAAAAGAUCUGGGAGAUUGAGUUGAUCAAUGUGUUGAAGAUCAACCUUAUCGGGCACAGAAAGCGGAUCCUGGCAUCACUGGGGGACCGGCUGCACGACGACACGCCGCAGAAACCUCCCCGGGCCAUUUCCUUACGGGAGCCUGGAGGAAACCACACUCCUCCCCAGCUCAGCCCCUCGGUAGGCCAGGCAGCGUAUACGGCGGGAGUCCCCGGCGGCUCGCUGGACGUGCAGCACCUCAUUAUGCAGGCGGACGCGCGGCGCAGGCAGCGCAGCACCGAGAACUACUUUGACGACGUGCCGCGAUCCAAGCUGGAGCGACAGAUGGCUCAAGUCAGCAUGGCUGGCGAAUGGUGCGAGCCGAUUACGUUGCGUCCGCCCAACGAGGCGACGUCCUCCACUCCCGUUCAGUACUGGCAGCAUCAUCCAGAGAAGCUCAUCUUUCAGUCCUGUGACUACGAAGCUUACUACCUGGGCUCUAUGUUGGUGAAAGAGCUGAGAGGGACGGAGUCCACACAAGAUGCCUGCGCUAAAAUGAGGAAGUCAACGGAACAGAUGAAGAAAGUGCCGACCAUCGUCCUCUCCGUGUCCUACAAGGGAGUGAAGUUCAUCGACGCCACCAAUAAGAACAUCAUAGCGGAGCACGAGAUCCGUAACAUCUCAUGUGCAGCUCAGGAUCCAGAAGAUCUGUCUACGUUUGCCUACAUCACCAAAGACCUCAAAUCCAGUCACCACUACUGCCAUGUCUUCACUGCUUUCGACGUGAAUCUGGCCUAUGAGAUCAUCCUGACGCUCGGCCAGGCCUUUGAGGUGGCCUAUCAGCUCGCUCUGCAAGCCAGGAAGAGCGGCCACGGCUCGGCGACGCUCCCCGAAAGCUUCGACAGCAAACCCGGCAAGCCCGUGCCCAAGCCCCGCGUCAACAUCCGCAAAUCAGUUAUCAUGUCUCCCUCCAGCCGCUGGUCGCUGGGCCACAUUUACACCCCCCACCGGCCUCCUCUUCACCCUCCUCUUCCUCCCCCUCGACUCUUCCAUCUUCCUUACAAAGCUCACUUCCAGAUGGAGCAGCCGUCAAUGGACCCGAAGGGCCAUGCUAACGUGCCGUGGAUUGUGGAGCCCGGACAGGAAGCAAAGAGAGGAGUCAAUACCAAGCCUCGUCCUCCUACCUGCAGGGCUAUCGCAUGACCUUUGAACCCAGGGUAGUGGUGCAUUUCUGACUCCACCUGUAGGGGGAUGGUCAGCUCAGUUUUUUGGGGUUUUUUUGUUCAGUUGCUCUGCCUUUAGCUUCUUAUCUCUCCAUUUUUAAGCUCCAUCCCUCGCUUUUCUCUUCACACCAGCCCCUUUGUCUAACUGUUUCUGACAACUUUAAAGAUUUAACAAAGAGUACUGCUCUGAGAGCUGUAACAGUGUUUUAGCUGUCUGUUAAACCGACGAAGACGAGGGAUGUUGUCUGAACGGGACAACAAGCUUUUACAGCAUUUUUUUAUUAAAGAAGAGAGGCUGUAGCACAGCGUAACUUUGACUGAAGCUGAUUCAGCUAGCAGGCUACUAGAAUGUAUUUUAACUUUUCGAUUCUUGAUAUCAAGUUACUUUUUUGGAGAAACUAACAAACUUGUGAAUUUCUUUGUGAAAUUAGACUUUAAACUUGACCUGUGACACAGGCAGACGUUACUGUUUUUGUUUUUCUAGGGUCUUUUUCAACACGUUUCUUUAUGUGUCCAGGACAAAGCGAAGGCGCUCUGAGUUUAUUUAAGGGAUGGGGAAGGAAACUCGGGUGUAGACGGUAUAGCAUGUGGCUUGUGGGACGCAUGAUGGCCAUUUUGGAUUUGCUGAGCAAGGUGGCCAGUGGAGAGGCGGGGUGUGAGGGCUCUCUGGAUAAGUGAUGUCAUCUCAUUUUGCAGGGCAAUGGCGGACGCUCAUGUCUAUUACUGUGGAAUGCAAAGAAUGUAGCCAGCCCUUUUCAUGGACCUUGUCACUCUUACAAUGCAAAAUGGACUGCAAACGGACCCUCAUGCUCACUUUUUAGAAACAAACAUGGACGCUGCUCCACAAUGUUUUGAGGUUGACUACGAAAUGUUCCCACCCAUCCACACACACUAACAGGACAGCGUUGCGAUAAGACGACCCGUCUGCUCUGAAUGUACACUUACUUGAAAGCAACCUCAAAUGUCUGCGACUCUAGCGGGAUCGGUUUUGUGCAGCCCACCUGGGAGGCAUGACGCUUGAACUCUGGAAACGGAAACAGGACAUCGGUGGGCAUGUUUAACACUUUGGCAUGGGUUCCAGGAUAUCUGGCUUUCUGAUUUCUUUUUAUUUUCUUUAAAUGUCAGAAUAUAUUUAAAAAAAAAAAAACAUAUGCACAACUGUGUAAAUGUGAUUGGAUUUGCUGCAACAACACGCUAAAGAUGCAACAGAUUUGUCAUGAGAAACCAAUGUGAACAAAACAGCAUCUAGCGUUAAAAAGUAUUCGUAUUGCCCGACAUUUUAAUGUUUAUUAUGAGAGUAUUAUAUUACCAUGAUGAUAAUCCUUGUGCAAUUCUUGUCUACUGUUGUCUUAAUGUUACAUUAUUUUUCUAUGAUAUGCUGAGAUAAAAACUUUGAGCCUGAGAAUGAUGGCAAUCCUUUAAAAAAAAUAAUCAAAUUUGAGUUUAGGUGUUCAUACUUGUACAGAGAGUGAAUGUUGCAGGUUGCUUGCUAAUUCCUAGGUCAGGUCAACCUCCAUUUCUCAUGGGGCUCUACUCUUACCUUGCAGAUGUACUAUUUUAAACGCAGUAUUACUGUAUUAUUUGGAUGAAACAUUAUCCAACUAUAAAAUGUACAUAGAUAUUUUGCCAACUCAUUGUUAAUACAUAAAGACUUUGCAGUACAUGGCACUGGAAACAAGGUACCAAAAUAAAGGUUUGACAUGUCAAAAAGUGGUAGAUUGUAGAGGUUGUAUUUUGAGUGAAAAUAUGGAUCAUAUGGUGACAUCACUGCUGAUUUACUAAUAUAUAUAUAAAUAUAUAUAUAUAGGCUUGGGCUUCCAGCACACUGAUUUUUGUAAUUUGGGCCAUUAUUUAUAUCCUUGUAAAGCACAUGAAAUAAAAUCUGACCUGUAAAACCAUA